AUGUCGGAUGAAAUUGAAAACUCAAAACAGUCGACUGUCACAGAAUGGCGAUCCAUUCUGACACUCGUAGUCUUCAUCAUAAGCAGCCUCAUCGUUGCUUUCCCAUUUAAGAUACAUUUACCAUGCCCAAGCCGUUUUUCCAACCUGAUUCACGACUGUUUGGCCACAGCACGUAUUGUUGCGGCCAGGCGUUCUCCCAUCCGCCCGGAUGCAAGACCGUGGGCGGUCAUAGUUGUGCCUUUGGACCUAACAACGGCCCCGUUGCUUGCGGUUCUGCUUCUGCUGGCAAGCACGGCUAUUGGCAAGCGGCAGCUUUUAGAGGGUACAAUCGGCGCAAACGAUAUCUCGCCGCUCGACAUUCUCGUUUUUGCGUUCACUCUGGGCUAUAUUUCAAGCUCAAUCGAUGCAGCAGGGUUUAUACGAUAUCUCUGCUGCAAGGUCCUCCUUCGCUAUGGCAACGUAGGUCAUCGACUGUUCUUCUUACUUUACUUGGCAAUGUUUCUCUUGGGGUUCUUCUUAGGAAAUGACCCAGUGAUUCAAAUGGGCAUGCUCUUCAUGACUUAUUUGACCCAAGUAUCGAAGAACAUCAAACACCCAAGAGCGUGGUUAUUCACCCAGUUUGCGGUGGCAAAUAUCGCUUCUGCAGCACUGGUUUCAUCUAGCACCACAAAUGUCAUCAUCGCCCAAGCAUUCAGAAUCGGAUUUGCUGAAUACACAGUCAAUGUUAUUGUACCGGUCGUCGUCACCGCCAGCCUGUUAUGGGCUUAUCUACUGUACAUUGUGUUCGCCAAUGAGGGGCUGCUUCCAGUCAGCAUUCGACUGUCAGAAAUGCCCGCUGGGGCUCAAAUAGAGGUCAACCCGAACUUGCCUUUCACAACGAUCCCAGCAUCACCUUCCAGUAUCCUCAAUCCAUUGUUGGACAAGAGAAGUGUGCUUGUUGGUUUAUUUCUGAUGUUAGCAACACUCGCAAUACUCUUAUCUCUCACUGCUCUGAACUUAAACGACAUUCCUGUGUUUUGGGUGUCGUUACCAGCGUCCUUUUUGAUGCUUUUUUGGGACAUUGUUUGGGGCUGGAUGAACCGUGACGAGACUCGCACACUUCCACCAGGUCAUCAUGGAGAGAUCAAUCUGCGUCAAAGCAGGCUCCAGCGCUUGCAAACUAAUGACAGAGGUCUGGAGCAUGCACACUCUCCUCAAUCAUCCUUGAGCGACGAGAAUUUCGCAAUAUCUCCAGGACAUCAUGAAGAGGCCAAUUCUCCUGACUCAUACGUGCCUGAAUCUCAAAGUGGCAUGCAACAGGACCUCGAUGUGAACCAAGUCCAAGCGUCAGAUGACGCGGAUCAACAACACUGCACUGCCCAAGAGAGCCAGACCGAUACUUCCAUUUUCCAGCAAAGCAACCUUGGCAGACAGGCAGAACUGUCGGAAGAUUUCGCCCAUGCGGAAACGAUCAUUACGGACACUGCUGUGGUCCAUUCAACCUCUCCUGAGAUGUCGGCAACAACGAACGAUGCAGUAAGCGACACUCGCCCUUCGGCUGAUCCCCAACUACUUCAGUCGCCUUCAGUCGAAUCGCCAGAUUCGCCCCGAGUAACGCAUUGCCCACCCACCAUGAUGUCUGUAUUUGGAAAUACAUGGCUUUGGCUGCAGACGACAUUUCCCUCAACAACGGUGGUCUUGUCCCGCCUUCCCUACAGACUGUUGCCGUUCGUUUUGCCGGUUUUUAUACUCGUUCAAGCACUCGUUUCGACCGGAUGGAUCGCUUUAUUUGCGAGCUGGUGGAACGCAUGGGUGGUCAAGACAGGUACCACUGGAGCGGUUGCAGGAAUGGGAUUUUUAUCCGUACUUCUAUGCAAUCAUCUCCAGUUUGCAGGGACGAACGUUGGUGCUACGAUUCUGCUUUCUCGCCUCCUUCAAGAAUGGAUUGACAUACGCGCUAUCAGCGGUGUUGCAAUCAGUAAACGAACCCUUUGGGGUGCUGUGUAUGCGCUUGCAUUAGGCGUGAACUACGGCGCUUUUUCACUGACAUUCAGUGCCUCGUUGGGCGGUUUAGGGUGGUAUGAAGAAUUGAAAAAGAGACACAUCCACUUAUCACAACGAGAAUUUGCAGGAGUUAACAGGCCGAUAAUAGCGGCAAGCAUGAUCCUUGGUUGCACUGUUCUGCUAGGGGAAGUGUACAUUACUAGAGACAAAACAGCUUAUCAAGGUAGAUAA